AUGGGGAAUGCGGCACGCACCCCGCUCGUCGCCAGCGCUGCUUUGGUAUUCCAACAACGUUUCUACGUGAGCACUGGUGCAACCGGGUGUAACGGGGUCUCCCAUGGACAUGACCACCGCUUCAGCGAAAGUAAGAAUGGAGUGGCAGGUAGCAGCGGCUCUUCCUCUGCCAACAGUGGCGCGUGCGGUAGUGGCGGCAGUGGGUUCCGCGGCAGCGGUGCCACCUCCAGGCAGCAGCAGGCGACCAAGAGGACCAAAAAGGUCAAGGCAAGUCGUCGUCUACUGAAGAGCAAGCGCACAGGGCCGAAGGCAAAGUCUACAUCCACGCCACGCUCCUCCGCCUCUGGUAGCUCGGCGGCGACAGUGUCGGCCAACGCAACGUCUGGUAGCGCCUCAGCGAACCAGGGAGGCGCGGCGGGUAGCAGUGGUAGUGGCAGCGGCGGUGGUCCUGGGUCAUCGCCGUCGUCAUCACCUGCCGCAGCCUCUGCCCAGCCGCGCUCCGUCACCUGUCGACGCAAGAAGAAGAGCAGCCGAGCUCCCUCGUCCCCGUCAGCCACGCCACUAACACCAGGCAGCGAUGCAGCGGCGAGGAGGCCCAAGCGCUCUCUCACACGCAAAAGGGUCCAAACUGGUUCCUUCAGCAACGGCAGCGCCACGGUGAAGAAGUCGACCUCGGCCGCACACGCCACUUCUCCCGCCCGCCCGGCAUCCGCAGCCCUGCCCGCCACCGCCGCUGUACGCGCCAAGUCAAAGAAACGCAAGCGCAUCCGCAUUUGUGUGCUCAGCAGCAGCUACGACGGCACCGACUCGGCAACGGCCAGCGUGGACAACUACUGGUGCACACCGCAGCACUACAUGAAGAAGGAUCGGCACAAGUACUCCUUCGCCGAUGUGUCCAUGAAGAAAAUUGACUCGUAUCGCACCGUGCGCAAGUUGGUCACUUCCAACAAGUACGAUGUCUUCUUCAACUUGUGCGACGGCGGCCGUGAUGAAAAGCGCGCCGGCGUAGACGUGGUAGAGGCACUGGAGGAGCAGAACGCCGCCUUCACCGGCACGGACUCGCGUGGCUUCGAGCCCAGCAAGAUCGACAUGAAGUUGAUGGUUGGGUCGAGCGGUGUCAAGGUGCCCAAUUUUGUGCUGCUCAACGACGAGGAAGGCCUUGCCAAGAAGUGCCGGCACCUGAAGUUUCCGGUGAUUGUGAAGCACCUCUCCGGCUACGCCUCCGUCGGCAUUCACAAGGAAAACCGGUGCGACACGCUGGAUCAGCUGAGAACGAGGGUGCGGGGCUUCAUCAAGGAGUACAACCACGCGCUGGUGGAGGAGUUCAUCCGCGGACGUGAGGGUACCGUGCUGGCCUGCGCAGACCCCGGCAGCCCGUUCGGCGUGAAGGUCUUUAAGCCGCUUAUGUUCAAUUUCCUGCAGAGCAGUGACGACUUUGCGUACUUUGAAAAGAAGUGGACAAUGGAGUGUGGCGAUCAGGCGUACGGCUUCCUGGCUUCGUCGGACCCGGCCUAUCCCGCUAUCACAGAGAUGGCCCGGAAUGCAUUCAAGUACAUCAUGAACGGUGUCGGCUACGGUCGCGUCGACUUCCGCAUCGACGAGCUCACCGGGGCACCGUACUUUCUGGAAAUCAAUCCGAACUGUGGUAUGUGGUACUCCCCGAAGGAUGGCGGCGACUUCGCGGACGUUAUGGUCGAGGGCGACCCCCACUGGAACCACGAACGCUUUGUUGCCAACGCCGUGGCACGGGCGCUGCGAGAUCAGGCGGCACGCAAGCCGUGGUACUUCAUCAGCCACGACCGCAACGGGCAGUUUACCACGCGCGCCAGUAAAACAGUUGCAGCAGGCAAGUGCCUCUUUGGCGACGCCGUGCACCCGAUCCCGGUGGUGGCCAAGUCGCUCUAUAAGCUGGGUGAGGAGGAGCCGACAGUCGGCUGCGUCAUCUGUCGCGGCGAUGGUAUUCACCAAGCGGUGGCACUGCGCCACUCGUGUGAGCCGAACAUGAGCUUUGUGCACGGCCGCACGUUGCUCUUCGCUGCGAAGCGGCAGAUCAAUGUUGGUGAGGAGCUCACGGUCGACUACGCCACCCUGCGCGAUGAGUCAAUGCCCCACUUUGUGUGCAGCUGCGGCACUGAAAAUUGCCGCAGUGUCAUCUUUCCCAUGCCAGCAAUGCCGCGCACUGUCGAGGCCAAGGCGAUGAAGCGGCUGCUGCGGGAGAAGAAACAAGUCUGGAUGAAGGAGAAGGCCGACCGCGAAGUGGAGCGGAUUCUCAAGAAGCGCUCUUCGCGUGCCUCAUCCUCCGCCCCGUCUGGUAGCAUCAGUAGCGGCGGUGGUGCCUCUGCAGGGUCAUCCUCCAACACUGGCCACGCCAGCAGCAGUGCAAGCGGUAGUGCCAGUUCCAGCAGCGGUAGUAGUGGUGGCAUCAACGCCUUGGAGAGAAAGUAA